AUGAAAAACAAAUAGCUAACAUUGUACCACCAUAGACAUUAAAACCAGAUUACCACAAAUCUAAACCGGAAGUGAGAUAGUGACCCGUUUCAUGUAGAAGGUAUUCCCGGAAGAUACGUCGAUGAUGAUGAUGUACUAAAUCAGGUGGAUUGGCCCCUUUCUCAGUAGGAAUGCCGGGCGGAGUGGACUAUGGGGAGUUUGGGGGGAGCCUUCCUGCCAUCGCCUCUCUGAAUGCGUCCUACUCCACCACUGUAUCCCUCCCCUCCCCCCACUACCUGGUGGUGCCACCUGGGGAGAAGAAGGUCAUCUCGGACGUCCGUCGCACCUUUUGCCUCUUUGUCACCUUUGACCUCCUCUUCAUCUCCCUGCUGUGGAUCAUUGAGCUCAAUAUCGAUAACUCCAUUUGGCAGAGCCUUGAGCUGGAGGUUGUCAAGUACAACUUUCAGUCCUCCUUCUUUGACAUCUUUCUCCUUGCCUUGUUUCGUUUCCUGUGUCUCCAGUUGGGCUAUGCUGCUCUGCGUCUGAGGCACUGGUGGGUCAUUGCGAUCACCACUCUAGUGACCAGCUCCUUCCUUGUAGUCAAAGUCAUUCUCUCCAAUCUGCUAUCCCAGAAUGCCUUUGGCUAUGUGUUACCCAUCACCUCCUUUGUGGUGGCGUGGCUGGAGACAUGGUUCCUGGACUUCAAGGUGCUCUCCAUAGAGGCUGGUGAUGAGAGAGCCUACCUAGCAGCGGUGAACGCAGCGUCAGAGCGAGCUUCCAUGAUCUACCCACGCGCUGUGUCUGAAGGACAGUUCUACUCUCCACCUGAAUCCCUCGCAGGGUCUGAGGAGGACCUGGAUGAGGAGGGGCUGGGUCGCAGGGCAGUCUCCCCCCAGGAGAAGGAGCUGGUGAGGCAGGGUAAAGAGGCCAUGGCCGUGGUGGAACAGAUCCUGGCCCAGGAGGAGAACUGGAAGUUUGAGAAGAACAAUGACGCGGGGGAUUCUGUGUACACACUGGAGAUCCCCUUCCAUGGAAAGACCUUCAUUCUCAAGGCCUUCAUGCAGUGUCCAGCAGAGCUGGUGUACCAGGAGGUGAUCUUACAGCCAGAGAAGAUGGCCCAGUGGAACAAAACUGUUUCUGGUUGCCAGAUCCUCCAGAGGGUGGAUGACAACACCCUGGUGUCGUACGAUAUUUCUUCCGGAGCAGCAGGGGGGGUAGUGUCUGCCAGGGACUUUGUGAAUGUGAGGCGGGUGGAACGCAAGCGAGACUGCUACAUCUCUUCUGGCAUGGCAACCGACCAUGGCGCCAAGCCUCCACACAGUCGCUAUGUCAGAGGUGAGAAUGGUCCAGGAGGGUUUGUGGUCCUGAAGUCCAGCAGUAACCCCUCGGUUUGUACCUUUAUCUGGGUGCUCAACACAGACCUCAAGGGUCGACUUCCCCGCUACCUUAUCCACCAGAGUCUGGCUGCCACCAUGUUUGAGUUUAUGGCCCAUCUCCGCCAGCGCAUCGCUGACCUACGGUCCACUCGCUAGAUGCCCUCUCACUUUCUUCCUGUAGGGAAGCUGAUGCCUGCAACCCACAGCACCACCGCAGGUUUGGUGGUGUCACUGCAGAUUUUUAGGAACACCUACAUUUGGAAGUGCACCUGAGAUUAUGGUGGAAAUCAAACUUACUUAGAUUAGAGGAAAGUCAACAGCAUAGCGAAUGGGAGACUGCUGUGUCUGCACUUUCACCGGUCUUUUAGAUGUGAGGAGGUCUGGGGCUGUCAGAGGAGAUGUUCCUCCCCUCCCAUGGACUCCAUGUUGUUUUUAAACAUAGUCACACACAUUUUUAUGUAACUUUUCUGCUGUUUCUCUCACUGGGACGCUAGUGCUGGAUGCAUCUCCCUCCAGCCAAGAAGUCUAACAGUAUUGAAAGUGCAAUGGAGAUCGGAUUAGGACGAUGCUUGACGAGACUUGAUGAAGGUGGACGUCUUUUUGACUGCAUAGGUUUUUUUCCUCUCUCACUGGAAGAGAACUGGUGCAAUGACUGUGGGUUUGCUGCAUCAGACCGCUAACUCUGAGCCUUAUUCUGCCGCACAUUUAUUUUAGCCAUAGACUGUCUGUUUUGCUUUUUUUCUUGUUAUUUACACUGUCUUCACUGUCAUUCUCUUGUAACCGGGGAAACCGCUACACAUGACCACAUUAUGAACAAAAAUUGAGCUGUUGGAUCACGAUGAACCCACAAUGUGUCCCUUUUUGUCCUCGUUGACUGCAUUGGAAGCUGACUGUUGGAGUGCUGUGGUCCUCUAGCCAGUAGGGGGCGACACCACCACCACUCAUCUACUAACAACAGGAGACCACCUACUUAAUGGAGCUCAAGAUGGGUGGUUGUGAUGAUUUACCGGUCGCUCAUGGGUUCAUAAAGAGUUUCAGAUACUCUACUCGUCUGUGCCAAGCCUUUAGUGGCCUUUUUAGCUAGAGGGAAUCCAUCUGCCCUUAAUGAUGGUUGAUCUAAGUUGUAACUUUAUUGGUAAAUAUAUCGCAGCCUUCUGAAAUAAGCCUUUACUGCAGACAUACUAUAGAUAGAGAAGUGUCAGUAAAUUUAAAUAUGUGAUUAUUUAUGUUAAACAUUUUAUCAUUGUGGUGGAUGCAAUAUUGAAAUUGACUAUAAUUGGAGUUCUGAUUCUCUACUGUCUGUAUGUAAUA